AUGGACCCUGACUCCGAGUAUUUGACCGCCUUUCGCACCCGUUUCGGAACUUUCCGCUGGAAAGUCCUCCCGUUCGGUCUGAAGGUAGGUCCCGCCUGGUUCCAGCAGUUUAUCAACGCGCAGCUUCACGAUCUCCUCGACCGGUGCGCCAGCGCCUACGCAGAUGACGUCCUGAUCUACUCGGAUAAAGAAGAAGACCACUGGAAAGACUGUCAAGAAGUUGACUACCUCGGCGUUCUGCUUGAAGCCGGUGUGGGCCUUAGUGUCGACCCUCGGAAAGUUCGAUCGAUACAAGACUGGAAGUUUGAGGACCUCCGAGACCGCACCGCGAUCCGAUCAUUCGUUGGCCUAUGCAACUUCAUCCGUGUUUUCUGCUACCACGCCUCUGGAGUGGCAGAACCCUUGAACCGGUUGCUUAAGAAGGAUGUUGCCUUUGUGAUGGGCCCGGAGCAACGCGAAGCAUUUGAUCAACUCAAGCGCCUGGCUAUCGAAGCCCCGGUCCUCGCCUUCUUUAGACCAGAACUGCCGACCCGACUGGAGACCGAUGCCUCCCGGAAUGCCACAGCUGGUGUUCUAUGGCAGGAACAGCCUGAUCAGACCUGGAAGCCCGUUGGAUUCUUCUCUAAGACCAUGACCCCGGCCGAGCGAGCCUACCCAAUCCAAGAUCGAGAGCUCCUCGCCGUCGUACAGAGUCUAGAGCACUUCUACCCAGAGCUCUUAGGCCAGAAGUUCGAUGUGAUCACCGAUCACGAAGCCUUAGUCCAUUUCUCUACGAAGCGCCUGCUCUCGGUACGACAGAUCAGAUGGUCCGACUUUCUCGCCCAGUUCGACAUCCGUUUCCUCUACCGCCCCGGUCGACUGAACGUAGUCGCCGAUGCCCUCUCCAGGAAGACAGCGGAGCUCCCUACCGUAAAGGCCCGGGAAGCCGAGGAACGCACGGUGACCCUGAUCCUCCGGAAAGGCUAG